UACCCCCUGCCCCCUGGCUUUAACCCCCUGAUGUCGAAGAAGGAAACUGCGUCUGACACAGAUGUUGUCUUUUUCCUGCAGACCCUAGAAACAAUGGACACGGGGAAGCCGUUCCUUCACGCCUUUUUCAUCGACCUGGAGGGCUGUAUUAAGACCCUCAGAUACUUUGCAGGGUGGGCUGACAAAAUACAGGGCAGGACCAUCCCCACAGAUGACAACGUGGUGUGCUUCACGAGGCAUGAGCCCAUAGGUGUGUGUGGGGCCAUCACUCCUUGGAACUUCCCUCUGCUGAUGCUGGUGUGGAAACUGGCGCCUGCUCUCUGCUGUGGGAACACCAUUGUCAUGAAGCCGGCCGAGCAGACCCCCCUCACUGCCCUUUAUCUGGGCUCUCUGAUCAAAGAGGUUGGAUUCCCUCCAGGAGUGGUCAACAUCGUGCCAGGAUUUGGGCCCACGGUGGGAGCAGCAAUUUCUUCUCACCCUCAGAUCAGCAAGAUCGCCUUUACGGGGUCCACAGAGGUUGGAAAGCUGGUUAAAGAAGCCGCCUCUCGGAGCAAUCUGAAGAGGGUGACACUGGAGCUUGGGGGGAAGAACCCCUGUAUCGUGUGUGCUGAUGCUGACCUGGACUUGGCAGUGGAGUGCGCCCAUCAGGGGGUGUUCUUCAACCAAGGUCAGUGCUGCACGGCUGCCUCCAGGGUAUUCGUGGAGGAGCAGAUCUACGCCGAGUUUGUCAGGCGGAGCGUGGAGUACGCCAAGAAGCGUCCCGUCGGAGACCCCUUCGACGUCAGAACGGAACAGGGGCCGCAGGUAACCUACUGAUGUGUCAG